AUGCCAAAAGCUAUUUUCCCAUUUGCAAGACUACUGGCUGUCUUCUUCGUUUUCAUCACUAACACGUGGCUGCUUCGCUCCGAUGCGCUGAGCCUCUACAAACGCGCCUUGGCCCGGCAGGCUGACCGUGAGCUCUCCAGGCUGGCAGGUGAACCCUGCACCGUCUCCGGCGCGUGGAGGUCCCGGCGUCAGCUCAGCUCCCUCUCCCCGUCCCAACACCGCCCUCCAGUGGCCCGUCCGAGGUCGCACACGAGCCGGAGAGAGCUGUACACUGUCAAGAGCGCUCCUGCGGUUUGUGCAGGAGGGUGCGGGUUUGACACCGGGGCGAAGGGUUCGUUCCCGCCGGGGGAGGAGAAGGGAGGCUGGGGUGACGAGACUGUGGCGGCGAGAGAGGGGGGUGAAUAUGUUAGGUCGGGCAGGAACGACAAGAGGGAGCAAAAUGAUGUGGGUCAGCCGACUCGCAGCAACCCUGGGAUGUCUGUGCGCAAAGACGCCAGGCAGAGCGUCUCUUCCUCGCGCGCCCCACACGCCCCCCGCUCCAGGUCCACCCGCAGCCUCCACGGGACGUUUCGCUACGAAGACGAGGGCAACUCAGCUGGGAGAAAGUUGCCCUAGUCAGCUCCACAGAUUCCCAGGGGGCUCCAAGUCCUCCAAAGGCUGCAUCAGGGAGAUGGAGACCACCAGUCCUCGACAGCUACCCCUGAAAACGUUACGGAGGACUAUCCCGAUGAGGUGGAGGAGGCAGAGCGGCUUGCAAGCCUUCCCGCAGGCACCUGGGGGAGUCCCGUACCAAGAGUGCCCCCGUCUUGGAUGACCGCCCUGUACUUCAACGGGCGUCGGGAACAACUAAAGGUGAAGCUGCCGGCAGGAGUGGAGCUUCCCAGGGCCGCUUUCAGCCUGGAGCUGUGGGUGAAGGCAGAGGGCGGGCAGACCAAUCCUGCGGUCAUAGCAGGUGUUUUUGACAACUGUUCCCACUCACUAAGUGAGAAGGGCUGGUCAGUAGGCAUUCGCACUGUGGAGCCUGCUGGCACCAGAGACGCACGCUUCUACUUCACGCUUCGCACAGACCGAGCUGUGAAAUCCACCACUGUCUACAGCCACCAGCGGUACCGAGCCAACGUCUGGACUCAUCUGAUGGCCACUUACAACGGUCAUAACAUGACUCUGUAUGUUGAUGGAGCUAAGGUGGGAGAAAGCAGCCUGCAGUCAGGGAAUCUCUACAGCCCCUUCAUGAAGGCCUGCAGAACUCUUCUUGGUAGCAAUCAGUCCGAUCAGGGACAAAUCAGAGGCCACAUAGGAGGUGUGGUCCUGUGGGGCUGCCGCUCCCAUGAGGAUUUGCUAAAACGGCCAGUCCAGACUGACAUGAGUGAUCCAAUCCUGGCAAUGUGGGCUGACCUUCUUAAGGUGGAACAGCUAUGGACUCCAUAUAAAGACCUUCAUCCAACCAUCAUCACCACUCCAGUCCCUGAGCAAGAACUCGUCUCCUCUUUCUUGCCGCCACCCUGUGGCCUUACGCCCUGCGACAACAUAGACAUCAUUUUUGGCUACAACAACAACUGGCAGCUCCGAACACCCAAGCAAAUUCGCUACCGAAUUGUCAACCUCUCCAAUGAUGAUGGUGGAAACCCCACCGUGACGGAAGCCCAAAUUCAGCUCCAGCACCAGGCUCUGACUGAGGCUUUCCGCCCUUACAACAUUACCCUGGAUCUGAGUGUCUACAUGGUCAGUAACAGCCUCCGGCAGAGGUUCAUCCUCAGCAACUGCCGGAUUGCAAAGAUUGGGAACCGCCAAUGUGACCCUGAAUGUGACCACCCAAGGACGGGUCAUGAUGGAGGAGACUGUCUCAGGGUGGGGCCUUGUUAUAACUGGAAGAGGCAGGAUGGGGUUUGUAACAUGGAGUGCAACAGCAUACACUAUGACUAUGAUGAUGGAGACUGCUGUGACCCGGUGGUUACAGAUGUCCUAAAGACCUGUUUUGAUCCUGAAUCUCCUGACAGGGCUUAUAUGAGUGUGAAAGAACUAAAAGAGGAGCUACACCUGAACGGCACAGACACUCUCAACAUCUUCUUUGCCAGCAACUCAGUACGUGAAGAGCUGGCAGGAGCUGCAACCUGGCCAUGGGCAAAGGAGGCUCUUACACACCAAGGUGGGAUGGUCCUGAACCCCUCCUACUUUGGCACCAUGGGCCACUCCAACACAAUGAUCCAUGAGAUGGGACACAUAUUUGGACUGUACCAUGUCUUCAAGGGGGUGAGCGAGCGGGAUUCCUGUGAUGACCCAUGUCAGGAGACCACCCCGUCCAUGGAGACAGGAGAUCUGUGUGCUGACACGGCUCCAACACCUAAAUCUAAAGCCUGCCACGACCCCGGAGCUGUCAGCGAUACAUGUGGAGUCACAACCUACCAGAAUGCCCCAUACAGCAAUUACAUGAGUUACACAGAUGACAACUGCACCAACCAUUUCACUCCAAACCAAGUGGCCAGGAUGCACUGCUAUCUUGACUUGGUCUACCAUAAGUGGCUGAUGGACCAUCAGCCUGCCCCCAUCCCAAUGGCCCCCAUAGUGACUGACCAGAGCGCAGAUUCUGUCUCAAUUUAUUGGCUCCCAUCCAUCAGAGGGUCACUUUAUCAAAGCUCCUCUCUCCAUGUAUCUGGCAUCAGUUGUGGAGAUUGUGAGAAAGAUGGCAUCUUCCACCAGUACGCUUAUGAGGCUUCCUCAACUCGCAUCUGUGACACAUCAGGCUACUGGACACCUGAGGAGGCAACAGGACCACCUGAUGUGGAACAGCCCUGUGAUCCCAGCCUCCAGGCAUGGAGUCCUGAGCUCAGCCUUUACGACACUAACGUGACCUCACCAUGUCCGGACACAGAGGGCUGCACCCUCACGCUGAGAUUCCUACACCCCGUCGUUCCACACGCCCUUACCCUCUGGGUCACCUACGUCUCUUCGAAGAACCCAGCCAUAGCCAACAUCGAGCUGAUCUCAGACACAGGGAACAGCAUUAACCUGGGACCACAGCAUGUGUUCUGUGACUUGCCCUUCACCAUGCGACUCGACACCCACAACGUCGCCAUCGCUGCCAUAAAGCUCUGCACCUUCGAUGAGAAAAUGGAGAUCGAUGCAGCCAUGCUGUCUUCGGGCCCCGGCAGCCUCCUGUGCUCCGGCUGCCAACCUCUACUCUACCACAUUCAACGUCAGCCACCCUUCACCAAUACAGCCCCCUUGCCUCAGACUCAGCACACAUUCACUGACAGGUCCGUUGCACAGGGAGUCAAGUACCAGUACACAAUCCAGGUGGAAACCGAUGGUCUGCUCAGCGCUCCUUCCCCACCUCUUCUCUACACACAUGGACAGUCUUACUGUGGUGAUGGCCUCAUACAGGGGACAGAAGAGUGUGACGACAGUAAUCUGCUGGAUGGCGAUGGCUGCUCUAAGAAAUGCCGCAAGGAGAUGGGCUUUAAAUGUAAUGGUGAACCCAGUCAGUGUUAUGUUUUUGAUGGUGACGGCGUGUGUGAGGAAUUUGAGAGGAGUUCCAGUGUUCAGGACUGUGGUUACUUUACACCUUUGGGUUACACUGACCAGUGGGCAUCCACUGCCACAGCUUCACACCAGGACCGCAACCGUUGCCCGGCCCAUGCUGCCACUGGGGAACCAUCACUUACGAAGCUCUGCAUGUACCCUCACCCGGAGGUGAGUGAGAAUUCGCCCGCUGAUGCCUGGUUCCCGUGCACGGCCCAGUCUGACACAAACAACGACCUGGAACGUUCCUUUUGGCUAAAGGUGGGUUUUGCCCAUCCUGGAGUGGCAGCCUCUGUGAUGGUGUACCUGGCCUCAGACGGGUCGUGGUCUGGCGAGCAGUGUCGGAGGACAGCCACCGUUCUCCUCUCGGACACUGCUGGCAGGAACCACACAUUAGGCACGCAUGACCUCUCAUGCCAUCGAAACCCACUGGUGGUGAACGUUACCCACGACCUCUCUCAGCCUUUCUUCCUCACGUCCUCUGUGAUCCUCCUCCUCUCCUCCCCUGCUGUGGCAGUGGGAGGGGUGGCUCUAAGGACCUCCUGCCACUUCAGCACCUUCGCCCUGACCGGCUGUCUGCGGCAGCCAUGCCAGAUGGACAGCUGCAAUCCCCCUCAUAUAGAGCACGCCUCUGUCAGGUGUACAGGAGGAGGCGAGGCCUAUCGCUGCUCUGUUCAAUGCCACAGAGGUUUCAGUAUCACAGUCCUCAAUGGCAGAGGGAUCCCACCCCACCAGAGAAAGAGCGAGCUGGAGUGUUUUCAUGGUUCAUGGGAUCGCGUAGUUAGCUGUCAGCCCGUUGACUGUGGCUUUCCUGAUCAGUCUCAUGUGUACCACGCCAUAUUCAGUUGCCCGUGGGGAACCACGUUUGGCAAACAGUGUUCCUUCACCUGUGGAUCACCGGCCAUAUUACAAGGUGACAGUGACAGAUUGGUGUGUUUGGAGGACGGGCUGUGGUCUUUCCCGGAGGCCUACUGCAAGAUAGAAUGUCCAGAGGUUCCAAACGUAUCCGAUGCCAAGCUGCUAACGGCAGACUGCCUGGCUUCAGGGCACGAUGUUGGCACUAUUUGCCGUUACAAAUGCAACCCAGGCUUCUAUGUACUGGGAAGCUUCAGGCAGAAGAUGCGACGGAAGUACUUCAAGUUAGAGUGUCUGGAAGGAGGGCAGUGGGAGGAAACUGGCUGUGAGCCGAUAUCGUGCCCAGCGCCACCUGACGUAUUCCAGGGCAUGUACACCUGCACCAGCGGCUUGUACUACGACAGCGUUUGCACCCUGCAGUGCCCGGACGCGACAAAAAAUAUGGAAAUUCGCUGCACUAAGGAUGGUGAGUGGACAGCAGAAUUCACCAUGUGUCCCAACCUUCAGGGAUCUUGUUCUGCUCCUCCAGAUCUGAACUCUGUGGAGUACAGCUGUGACCAUGGGAUGGCUGUUGGUGCUGAAUGCUACCCAACAUGCAUUAUGGCUCUGGACAUGGAUCUGCAUGACCCAGUGGUUCUACCCAAUGGUACUACAGUUGAGUCUUUGAAGCACUGGAUGGUUCCCAAAAAAGUCCAGAGUAUAGUCUGCACAGGGAUGAUGAAGUGGUACCCUGACCCUCAACACAUCCAUUGCAUCCAGUCUUGUGAGCCCUUUGGAGGGGAUGGCUGGUGUGACACCAUCAACAACAGGGCCUACUGCCAGUAUGAUGGAGGAGACUGCUGCCCAUCUACACUCUCCACCAGAAAGGUCAUCCAGUUUGGAGUUGACUGCAAUCAGGAUGAGUGCACUUGCCGGGAUCCGGAUGCAGAGGAGAACAAGAGCAAAGCCAAGCACUUGGGAGGAGGAGGAGGAAAGCAAUGAAGAUGGAGGGAUGAAAUAAGUUGAAGUUGUGUUAAACUGAAACAAACCACAGAAUAUACACCACAACAGACACACACAGAAUAUCCAGCUUUUAACAUUUUGUGUUGUGAAGAAUGUGAUUGAAGUCAGACUUCAUACAAUAAAAGGACAUUUUUAUUUCAUCAUGAUUUCGCUGUUAAACUGCAUCAAAUAUGAGUCAUGUCGGUUUAAAACUUGAAUUCUUGCAUUCGGUCCAGCAAAACAGCAUCCACACAUGAAUCGAAUGUUUUCUCUGCCUGUUAAGAAGUUAAAGGUUAUCUUCACUAUUGGAUUUGUGCAGAUAAUUAUGUUUUCAAGAUCAGAGCUCGACUGAACAGUUUAUCCUCCCCUUGAAAAUUCAAACCAUCAUAAUUGGAUCAAAUCACUAUUGCAAACAGACUCAAGCACUGUUCUGGACAUGAUUAGCAACUGGAUGUGCCUCACACUGUCCAGUAUAUGCACAAUCCUCACAGGAAGGGCUACUGAGGAAAAACUGAAUUCCAUUGACUGUAUUUAAAAAACACAGAGGCAAAAUCUCCCAGUUUCCUCACGGCAGAGCAAACAAAUCCACCCAAACGUAGAUUUUAGGAAUGUAAGUGGAUACAUAUCUGUAAAGACUAACAUAUAUAGACUAAUAUAUUUGGACCACCUAACACAUGUACUAGAUCACCUAUUAGCCACACAGAUCUGUAAUAUUUCUACUACAAACAUAUACCAGUAGCUUACAACUUGUGCAUAGAGCUUCCCAAAAGAGAAGUACCCUUAAGUACGUUCAUAUAUGCCAAAAAUAAAUAAAUCACACACUUUUUAUAGACAUACUGAAAUUGGGAUAAAACAUCAGUGACAUCAAGCUUUCACUGAAACAUAUCUGCACAUAAAGAUGUGAUGUUGAAGUGGGCAAACCAAAUAUUGAAAUCUAAAAAAAGUUCUUUUGGGAAACCUGGGCACAUCAUCCACUCAGCACAGACAUCUGCUUGCAUGUGUGUAUGUCAGAAGGCUCCUGGAGACCAUUAUUAACUAGAAAUAAUAAACUACCCGAGUACUAUACUGUAUCUAUAAAAGUAUAACCAUGUUUGUUUGUCAUAUUUUAAAGCACUGUACUUUAUAUUAUAUGAAAUAAAUAGCAACUUUAUAU